GCACGAUUUCUGUCUGGCAAUGCUGUUUCGAUGGCGACCUCAUUUUCUAUUCAUUGAUCCCACAAAAGUCCUUGGAGAAAUCAUCAACCUCGCGUAGGGUCCAGAAACCAUCAAAACCAUGGGUCUCUGUUUCUCCUCCGCCAAAGUCUCCGGCCGCCGAAACCACAGCCCCCGGAGUCCCAAUCCCAAUCCUCUCACCGUCGCUAAACACAGACCGCCUCAAACGCCAUGUUCAUUCUUGGCCGUUACGAUUCAAAAAGACCACAGGACCCAACCGCGACGAUCCCCAGCGACGACCAAAAAAACGCCGCCGCAGACGCAAACGCGACAGACGCCACCCCACGGGAAGGCUAGAGAGAAGGCUGGCAACAAUAAAGGGAAGAGACACGGAGAAACGAUCCCUUACGGUAAACGCGUCGAUUUCGGUUACGCUAAAGAUUUUGAUAACCGUUACACCAUCGGAAAACUUCUCGGACAUGGUCAGUUCGGUUAUACAUAUGUCGCUACAGACAAAAAGACAGGAGAUCGUGUUGCCGUCAAGAAAAUCGACAAGGCCAAGAUGACAAUACCGAUAGCUGUGGAAGAUGUGAAGAGAGAGGUGAAGAUACUACAAGCUUUAACUGGUCAUGAAAAUGUAGUCCGGUUUUAUAACGCCUUCGAAGACAAGAACUCUGUUUAUAUAGCCAUGGAGUUAUGUGAGGGUGGUGAAUUGCUGGAUCGGAUAUUAGCCAAGAAAGAAAGUCGUUAUAGCGAAAAAGACGCGGCCGUGGUAGUGAGACAGAUGCUACAAGUUGCAGCUGAGUGUCAUUUGCGUGGUUUGGUCCACAGAGAUAUGAAACCAGAGAAUUUUCUGUUCAAAUCAACUGAAGAAGAUUCACCUCUAAAAGCUACAGACUUCGGUUUAUCAGACUUCAUAAAACCAGGGAAAAAGUUUCAUGAUAUCGUAGGGAGCGCGUAUUAUGUAGCUCCUGAAGUGUUGAAACGCAGGUCUGGACCCGAGUCAGAUGUGUGGAGUAUCGGUGUUAUCAGUUAUAUUCUUCUCUGCGGGAGACGGCCUUUCUGGGACAAGACUGAAGAUGGCAUCUUCAAAGAGGUCUUGAAGAACAAACCCGACUUCAGAAGAAAACCGUGGCCAACGGUUAGCAACAGCGCCAAAGAUUUCGUUAAGAAGUUGUUAGUAAAAGACCCUAGAGCUAGAUUAACAGCUGCACAGGCGCUAUGUAAGAACAUUUUCUUAGUGAUUUUGUUUUCAUUUUUGUAUCUUUCUCUGAGGAUAGUGGUUAUUGCAGCACAUCCAUGGGUUAGAGAAGGAGGAGAUGCAAGUGAAAUUCCCAUCGACAUAUCUGUUCUCAACAACAUGCGUCAGUUUGUGAAAUUUAGCCGCCUCAAGCAAUUCGCUUUAAGGGCUCUUGCCACAACGCUUGAUGAAGAAGAGUCGGCUGAUCUUAGAGACCAGUUUGAUGCAAUCGAUGUCGAUAAGAAUGGCGCCAUUAGCCUUGACGAGAUGAGGCUGGCUCUAGCAAAAGAUCAUCCUUGGAAGCUUAAGGAUGCACGAGUGGCAGAGAUUCUUCAAGCGAUUGAUAGCAACACAGAUGGAUUUGUGGAUUUCGGAGAGUUUAUUGCUGCUGCGUUACACGUAAAUCAAUUAGAGGAGCAUGAUUCUGAGAAAUGGCAACAGAGAUCAAGAGCAGCAUUUGAGAAAUUCGACAUAGAUGGAGAUGGAUUUAUAACAGCAGAGGAACUUCGAAUGCAUACUGGCUUGAAAGGGUCCAUUGAGCCACUUCUUGAAGAAGCAGACAUUGAUAAUGAUGGUAAAAUCAGUCUCCAUGAGUUUCGUAGACUUCUGAGAACUGCAAGUAUCAAAUCAAGAAAUGUUAGAAAUCCUCCAGGUUAUCUUGUUUCUCGGAAAGUCUAAAAGAAGUUUGCAGUCCUGGUGAGGAAAGAAAAAAUCAAGGAUCGAGAAAGCUUUUUAUCCCUUAUGUAGAAGAAAAAAAGAUAGGGAAUGCAGUGUUUUCAUGUGUUGUUAUAACUUAUUUUCAUAUAUUUUUAUAACCAUUGACAAAGAA